CCAAUACCACCAAAGGUGUUUUGUAAGCCACCGCGCGCAAGGACCAUCGCAGGAAACUCCGACUGCACCUUCUCCCUCUUCAGCGAUGGGCGAAGCCUCAGAUUCAAACCCUCUUCCUCCUGGCAUGGUGCUGGGUCCCGAUGGCAAACCUUGCAAAGCAUGCUCGGCCGGUGCUGAAUUCCGUAAUUGGCGACCUGCGGCCGGCAAGCCUCGAGCUGCAGCAGCUGCGGCAGGUCUCGGCGCCGCGGCCACGGCUUUCAAACCAACGCCUUCGCACUCAGCUUGCCCACCAGACAAAGAACAGCUCGGUCGCGCAACAUGGACGUUCCUGCAUACUACGGCAGCAUACUAUCCAUUGAAACCCACACCAGCACAACGGUCGCAGAUGCUCGGUCUCAUCAGUGCGCUUCCGUCCCUGUAUCCGUGCUCUCACUGUGCGGAGGACUUUGGUCGAAGUGUUGCGCAGAACCCGCCGGAUGUGAGCAGUCGGGCUGGGCUGAGCCGAUGGUUCUGCGAGCGACACAACGAGGUUAACGAGAAGCUCGGGAAAGAUUCAUUUGACUGCGCUAAGACCGACGAAAGAUGGAAGGACGGUCCAUUGGAUGGAAGUUGCGACUAGGUGUACCUCCCAUCCGGGUUGCUGUCGUUCAUCCAGUCUGCACAUCAAGUCCACGCACUCUAGACUAUUUAUCUCCACUACUCUUAGAAUACUUGAAGGCAUAUGAUCUAUUGCUCCACUCAAGGGCCCGAAUCUGCUCCCAGAAACAUCAGAGUGUGCAUCGAAUGUAGCACGUGAUCGCGUUUCACUGUGAUUCUUCGCCUAUUGAUGUGUCACUCACUGCUACUGUCGAGUACUAUGUAUACCCGUCAUGCACAUUCCACUGGUGAUCGCAAGCUGAAGCGAUCCUGUUUAUUCACUGUAUGCUUCACGCCUUGAAUCCUCCUGGAUCAAGAGACGAGUCACUGAACAUGGUAUCAUGGUGCUUUGUCAAAUGGCUACGGCAUGACAAUCAUACCCUUUUCUUUGAGGGCCUUUGGGCUGCACAGACUCCCUUCGUUUACGAUAUUGGGGAUGAAUGGAAUCUCAAACACCCUCCGAGUUUAAAUUCUACUGGCCACCUUGUAUUUGACACCGUCGGCUCGCUCCUCCAGCAUUGGCCCAACACAAGAUACCAUAGCGGGCAUACCAUCGCACCUGGAAUCAUACCUGCGGGAACUAUCUUAUAUCACGGACGCGAAGACAGAGACGCGCCUGCCACCCGCGAGUGGGCUGCCUUCGAUGCCGAGUUCGCAAGGCUGUUUUGUGUCAGAUCUUCCGAGUCCGAACCGUGCUGGCUCUUAACGAUAAUGGCGACGCGAUCGCUCAGUGUCUUGUACUUUGACGGCAGCAGUGCGACGAAGGAGCCGGAUGGACCCAUUGACACGCAGGACGUGCUGACCUGGGGUGAAAUCGUCCCGGAACGCAGUGGCUUUGAAUGGGACUACCGCAGGAUGGACCGGCUUUGUGACGUUGGAAAAUCGCUGGGAAUAGACGGUUUUGUUCGGAUGCAACUCAACUUUGAAGUCAUCUUGUGCGAUUGGUUAGACGGCGUCGAAACGAUAUCUUUCACAAGACUGGCAGAAGAAGAACGCUUUCCCCACUCAGGAUACUCCUUCAUGCAUUCGAGUGUGUGGCAUGAUCACUUCCCUGGCGAAACGCGCGUCCGACUCGAUCUCUCGCAAGUCAUCUCCAUGUACGACACACAGCUGGUUCCGAGCUUGAUCGCAAGGCGGGCAAGUAACAAGCGUGAUCGCCAUCGGUUGCUUGGCGUAUCCCCCGAAGAUGUGGCUGCAGUCUUGGGGCGCGUUGGGACUAUAUCUUUCUCUCAUCUACAUUCUGGAAGCGGUGUGGAUUGGCAGUCGCUACUCCAGACCAUCCGCGAUCGAUAUUCGAUCAGACUGGAAGAACUGAGGUCUCUGUUAAGAUCCCAUGAAGCCGAAUCUGCAUUCUCUCUUGUCCGCGUUCUCUUGACGCCCCACCGGUUGCACAAUGUACUGCCAUCUGAAAUCGACGGAAACAACACGGACUGGGCAAGACCCGUAUUCCGUUCUUGUGCCACAGCUUUUACGAGAUCGCUCGAACGUUUGCAAGCGCGAUUCACACCCUCCGAGGACUUGUUACAUGCAGCUGUCCGGGAGACCACACGAGAGAUAUGUCGCACUUUGGUGUCUAUCUGGGCAGAAGGCACACAAGCGUCAGACCUCUCUCACCUUCAGCUCAAAUGGGCUUCGGAGACCGAGAGUCUAAUGGACUGGUUGGGGUGGGCCGACUGGACAAAAUGCAUCCCCGGAUGUGCUGCUGGGGGUUUGCGCGCUACUACCAUGAGCUUUUCCUUUUCAUCCUCAGCGUCCACGGUACUCCCUUCAAGACUCCUGGCACCGCACAUACCAAUCUCAUCAGGAUGUCCUGCAUGUAAAUCGCCACUGGAGUUUCCCGUCCCGAAUCCUGCACCGCGUCCGGGCACGCUUCUCAAGAUCCGCUGUUUCUCUUGCGAGAACGUGAUUUCGCAUACCUUCUACCCAGCGCAGAUACCCGCAUUCUAUAACACUUCGAAUUCAUCUCCUUCUGCAAGCUCUUCGGGCGCGGGGCCAUCGGGAGCAUCUGGAGCGCAGACACCCAGAAAGGGAAGGCGGUUCGGGACUCAGGACAAGCCACUAGAGACAGGCUAUUAUGACAUUCUGGGGAUCACACCGACUGCGACGACGGAUGACGUGAAGAAGGCGUAUCGACGGAUGGCAAUCAAACACCACCCAGACAAGAAUCCAGACGACCCGCAUGCUGAGGAACGAUUCAAGGAAAUUGCAAUUGCAUACCAGACACUUUCCGACGAAGCGCUUCGAAAGAAGUACAAUGAGUUCGGAUCAAAGGAAAGCGCACCUGAGGGCGGCUUCGUGGAUCCCGAAGAGGUCUUUGGGGCCAUAUUCGGCGGGGACAAAUUUAUCCCCAUCAUAGGCACUAUCAGUCUCGCGCGAGAUAUGAAAGCAGCGCUUCAAGAAGCGGACGAGGCAGAGCAAGAGGAGCUCGAGAAAGCUGGGACCCGACUGCUUGACGCCAAGGGCCGACCGAUCAUUAGCGAAGAGGAAAAGGCAGCGAAGGAGGCGAAGGAGAAGAUUAAGGCUGCCGAAAAGGCCAAGGUUCGGGAGGAGAGGAUCAAGAAGCUGGUGGAGAAUCUCGAGCGCAAACUGAGCAUCUUCACGGAGUCUGCAACGGGGCCGAACGAUCCUGAUGUGCUAUCGAGCUGGAGAACGAUAUCGGCUCUAGAAGCAGAUCAACUCAAACAAGAGUCGUACGGUGUUGAGCUGCUGCAGGCAAUUGGCUUUGUGUACGUCUCGAAAGCCAAGGCACAUCUGGCGACGAGCCAAACGUUCCUUGGAGUCGGUGGUUGGUUGCAUAAUGUGCAAGGAAAGUAUCAUGUUUUCAGCGAAACAGUAUCCACGCUCCGAUCUGCGAUAGAACUCAAGUCCGUCUUCGACCAAAUCCAAGCUGCCGAGCGUGCAGGCAAUAUGAACCCAGAGGAGAAGAGAAAGCUGGAGGAGCAGGCCGCCGAGAAAGGCCUACAGGCGCUUUUUAAGGGGGCCAAGCUAGAGAUUGAAUCUGUGUUGCGAGAGACUUGCGAACGCGUGCUGGAAGAUCCAAAUAUCCCGCGCAGCAAGUCUGACCUGCGUGCGGUCGCGCUGCAAGUGUUAGGAGAGGCGUUUAUUAACGUUAAUAAGGACUCCUUGGCUAUCGGAGAUGACAGCGAGUAUGUCCGUAUCGAAACUCGCAAGAGUAGAGAAAGUACGAGCGGGAAACCAAGUAGUCCUUUGCGAUGA